AUGGGCGGUGGAGCGUUGUGGCUGCAGAAAGCGAUGCAUGGGAGAGCUAUGAAUAUGAUACUCCCAUGCUUUCUGAUUCUCGCAGCGAUGGCACUGUUGAUCUGGUGCCAUGCUACGGCGAAGGAUGCAAAUGAUGGCUCUUCCACCAUCUUUCUGGGUUUAAUAGUGAUACAGAUGCUGCCUUUGCUGUUCCUGGAGCUGAGAAUAGCGUCCUGUCCAGAUCCGGAGGCGAUGCUGGCGAUGUUUGGCAUCAAGGUCCUGCUCCUGCAUGGAUGCUUCAUGACGCUUCGAGUCUGCGCGUGGCCUUUGAUGGAAGUAGGAAUUGGUUGGUCAAACCUUGCGGGUACCAUCGCCGUGGUCGCCGUGCUGCAAGCUGGCUUUCGCUUCAAGUGGAAAGUGGAAUCCGUCACCGAGCACAUGGAUGUACUGUGCCUGGUGAUCUUAGCGGGCAUCGGGGCUCUCCUUACAGAGAUCUUCGAGUAUGACACGCCGUACCUUUUGCUUGAGCACACAAUCUUCACGGCUUCGAGCUACAUCGAAGUCGUGGGCUUCGUACCCGCCGUGUGGAUGGUGCACCAGUCUGCCAAGAAGAACGACGACGUGACCCGGACCGGUGGCGUUGACCUGCAACGGCAAGCGCUCUUCUUCUUUGUGUUCUUGGUAGGAUUUUAUGUCUUCGAAGACUUGAUCACAGCGUGGAAAAUCAAGCACUUGUCAGGAGCCAUCGACGUGCGACGUGCAGUGGAUGUUGUGAGCAUGAUGUGUGGCGAGCAGAACUGCAGCAGAACUGCCAAGCUUGAAGAGGACUUGCCGCUGCUGGUUGAUGGUUGGGUCGCACGGUCAGAGGCCAUCCGGCAAAAAGCGUGGAAAGUCGACCAGGUGGCCAGUGCCUACUGCUGCAUUUGUUCUGUUGUCUUUCACCUGUGCUCUUGUGCCCGUGUCAGCGUUCGAGACUGCACGUACAAGAUGGAUCUCACAGGCAUUGUGGUCUUGAUUGCUGCAUCGUACUUCACUGGUAUCGCUCUUGGCUACCGGUGCUAUCCCGCCUUGCGUAGCUUCUACCUCCUCUACGCCGCCCUGAUCUCCCUUGCGCUGUCCACGUCUCGGCGGGAUGCUUGGGUCCUGGCCUGUGUGGCAGUGGCAGGUCCCAGCCUAGUGGUAGGCAAGCGUGCCAGAGCAGCCAGCAAACUGACUGUGAUACACACCGUCGGAGGGACAACGGUUGCGAUCCCAGGAUCGAAUCCAGACAGCGUGGUUGCUCAUGCGCUGGACAAGACGGUGUAUCCUGCACAGUGGCCUUACACAGCCCGGGAUUUCUUUCGUCUGGAUAGCAGCGACGAUGCUGAGUUCUAUGCUGAGCCAAAGCUUGUGAAGCACCUGGAGGACAAGACGCUCGACGCGCUCACCAGAUUCUAUGCGACAGUUUUUCCAAAAGAUCGGCCCUUUGACGCCUUGGACAUAUGUUCAUCCUGGGUGUCCCACUAUCCGAAGGAGCCCAAGCCAGCGCGCUUGGCCAUCACCGGCAUGAAUGCCGAGGAGCUCAAGCGCAACGUGCAGGCGACAGACUGGUCUGUGCAGGAUCUGAAUGCGACGCCUCGGCUUCCAUAUGGUGAUGCCGAGUUCGACGUUGUCACCAACACGGUCUCGGUGGACUACUUGACCAAGCCGCUGGAGGUUUUCACGGAGGUCGGCCGGGUUCUGCGUCCCGGGGGCCUUGCGAUCGUGGCCUUCUCGAACCGCUGCUUUCUGUCAAAGCUCGUAGCCCUCUGGAGCACGGGGGACCCAGACGAUCGCGCGGAAGUGGCGGCGAGCUACUUCCAUUUUGCAGGCUGCUUCUCCGAUCCCGAGGUUGCCGAUCUGUCACCACCCAACACAGAUCCCCUCUACGUCGUCUGCGCAGUGAAGAAGCCUCUCUUGAAGCCAGAGAUGGUGAAGGAGGGGCAUGAUGAUUGCGGGUCCAAGAAUGCUCGUUCUUCAUGGGUUGUGAAAGUGUGGUGGGGGCUUGGUACUUUUGCAAGAUAUGGCCAGGACUUGGCACAUCACAUGGUGCUCUGUGUGGUGCUGGGGCUUGUACCUGCAGCCGGUGCCCCAGAUGAGGGUUUACGAAAAGAAGGGGCCCCUAAGAGUGUACCCCCCAAAUGCCGUAAUCCUGAUUAUGGGACCCCCAAAAAGGGUACCCCUAUUUUUGGAAACCCCCCAGAUGUGCGGCUAGCCUUUGACGAUAUGGGCAUGCGGCAUUGGGAACAGCUCCCUGUAUCUCAGUACCGAGGUGCACUUUCUGUGCACAGCCACUGCAAAGGAACGGGGCCUUUGGCGCAUGGUGCUUCUUUGCGUCAAUGCAAUCAGAGAUAUCUUGAACCUGCACCCUACACAUCCCCUAAGCCCCAAAACCCCUACCCGAAGAAGCUCUGA